AUGACGAAGAACGAAAUGACCAAGAGCGCUGCCUCGAACAUCCAGAGCACGCAGGCCACGGGGGGUAAAGACAUGUCAUCCGGCGGCUUCGCUGCUCGUGCACAGUCGGCGGGGGAUCGGAACCAGAAUGCCUCUCAAGGCACUAACUCUGGA